CGGCCCCUUGCGUCUCCCUCAGUUCUCCCUCUCGAUCUCUCCGCAGAUGAUACCUGACCUACGUAUUCUACAUUGAUACCCACGCCGUCAAUUAAACCGAACUAUUUACUAUCGACUUACCGCCGAGAAUUCCUACGAACUCGACAUCGUCAGUACAUCAUGCUUCAUGCUUCAAGAAUAGAAUGAUCCAGAAGAAUAGAUUCGAACAGCUUCGAAGCUCUGUCCAAGCAUGCGCACACGGGUCGGUGGGAGUGUUCAGGAACAUUAAAAUGGAUAAAAAUCAAGCCACUUUCGCGAUGCGAAUGGCAACAUGGAACCUCCGAUUCGACUCAAAACCAGACAACAUUACGGUUCAACAGUCUAUCGAUGCAUUACCGGACCCGUUGGUAGAGUUCCCUUUUCAAGGCGUGCACGGAGAACAGCCGUGGAGUACGAGAAGGUUGAGGGUUGCCCAGACGUUGCUUAGUGAAGAUAUAGAUAUCGCUGGUUUUCAGGAAGCCUUGGUACGACAGGUCAGAGAUUUGGCGGAAUUGCUUGGAGAUGACUGGAGCUGGGUCGGGGUUGGCAGAGACGACGGUAAAGAAGCUGGAGAGUUCAGUCCGAUAUUCUUCAAAAAAUCAAAGUUCACCCUCGUCUCAAACGACUCCUUUUGGUUAUCUGACACACCCUUUGAGCCAUCGAGGUUCCCUGGUGCCGGGUCUAUCCGAAUCUGUACAGCUACUCGUUUCACUGUCAAGGAACCAUCUUCCAGUGGUCCCCAGCACUUCGCAUACCUCAAUGCGCAUCUCGACGACGCCUCCGACCAACAGAGGCAAUUAGGCACUUCGCUUAUCCUGACACGAGCCAGAUUCGAAGCAUUCGUAAAUGGAGGACCUGUACUUGUCACUGGUGAUUUCAAUAGUCCAUCAACAGGAUCUGACUCUGGCGGAUACAAGGUCAUCACAGGUGCUCAACCACCUCUGCCCAUCAACGCAACAUUCGCCAAGAAGUUCGACGCUGGAGGUGUAGGAGCUGAUUUCAGGAUGAUCGAUUUCCGUGGUCAGGCUCCUCGACAGAGUGUAUCCAAGAAUUAUGCUACGUUCACGGGAUUCACUGAGCCUAAUGAUACGUCGGACUGGACUAGGAUUGAUUUUGCAUUUGGAGGGAGUACUCGUGGAUGGAACGCGACUGGGUAUAAGGUACUGAGUGCUUUACAAGACGAUGGAACGUUAUCUAGCGAUCAUCGUCCCGUCUUUGCUGACGUUUCUCUUGAGUAGUAAAAUAGGAAAUAAUUGACUCCUCUUUCCCGUUUCCAUGAUAGAUAGAUUCACCGAACUCGAAGAAAUAGGAGGUCUAGCAUUUCGACUUGUAAAUACAGACUCCUUGUGGCUGUAUGUUCUGAAAUUCGUUACGCUAAAAAAUAUUUAUGACGCCUUCACGUAAUUAUUUCAUGCCUGG